AUGGCUGACGCUGGCGCCGUCCCGACCUCUGCGCAGCCUGGCGCCUCUGCCGCCCAAAACGGCCAGGGCAACCCAACUCACCUCCCCCCGCCCCCCCUCCACAUCCCGCAGAACACGAACCCAAUCCCGACGGCCAUCACCUCUCCGCGAUCCGGCGUGGACGCUGGCGGCAUCCUGUCCCCGACCACCGGCUUCCGACGAGCUGCGCCUGAGCCCAACAAGCGGGCCCUCUAUGUUGGCGGGUUGGAUCAGCGGGUCACCGAGGACGUGCUGCGUCAGAUCUUUGAGACCACUGGCCAUGUCCAGAACGUCAAGAUUAUUCCCGACAAGAACGCCAAGGGCUACAACUAUGGCUUCGUCGAGUACGACGACCCCGGUGCGGCGGAGAGGGCCAUGCAGACGCUCAACGGCCGGAGGGUUCACCAAUCCGAAAUUCGAGUCAACUGGGCCUAUCAGUCCAACACGACGAGCAAGGAGGAUACGUCAAACCACUUCCACAUCUUCGUUGGCGACCUGUCAAACGAAGUCAACGAUGACAUCCUGAUGCAGGCCUUUUCUGCCUUUGGCUCCGUCUCGGAAGCUCGCGUCAUGUGGGACAUGAAGACGGGCAGAUCUCGAGGCUAUGGCUUCGUCGCCUUCCGCGACCGGCCCGACGCCGAAAAGGCUUUGAGCUCCAUGGAUGGCGAGUGGCUCGGAUCGCGGGCCAUUCGCUGCAACUGGGCCAACCAAAAGGGCCAGCCGUCAAUGGCUCAGCAGCAGGCGAUGCAAGCCAUGGGCAUGACGCCCACCACCCCCUUUGGUCACCACCAGUUCCCUGCGCACGGCGUCGCUAGCUACGAAAUGAUCCUCGCGCAGACCCCCAACUGGCAGACGACGUGCUACGUGGGGAACCUCACUCCCUACACGACUCCCAACGACGUCGUGCCCCUGUUCCAGAACUUUGGCUUUGUGAUGGAGUCGCGCUUCCAGGCGGACCGCGGCUUUGCCUUUAUCAAGAUGGACUCGCACGAGAAUGCAGCCAUGGCCAUCUGCCAGAUGAACGGAUACAAUGUCAAUGGCCGACCCUUGAAGUGCAGCUGGGGAAAGGACAAGGCUCCCAACUCCGGAUCGUUUGACCCUCAGCAGCCGUACAGCCCCCAGACCUCCCAGGCCCCGGGCUUCCCUGGUACUCCCACGACCCUCUGGCUGCAAAUGGCGGCUGACCGUGACAUCUUUGCUGUAGCGCAAUACAACGGACAACAGGGCAACUUUGGCGGGCCGCAAGCUGGCUCGCCCGCAGGAUACAGCGGCUCCCCCAUGGGAUAUGGUGGCCCUCAGAGCGCCGGAGGAUACGGUCGCGGCCACCAGGGUCCCAACGCCCAAUGGAAUCAGAACCAAGGACAAAACUUCAACAACGGUUUCGGCGGCUAUCAAUCGUAG